AAGUGCAGAAGCUCACAAUACCUGUAUCACUAGACAAGCAGGAAAGAUGUUGAGGGUGACGACAAUCACACUGGUGCUUUGCCUUACCGGCAUUGCAUGGUCAGACACUUUUGAAGAGGAAGGAGGAGGCAUCCGAGGUCCCAGAAUAAUGGAACCUAAAACCUCAUCAGACUGUAAACAGGAUAAGAACUGGCCAAUAUGUGCUGAUGAAGACUGGGGUCCCAAAUGUCCUUCUGGAUGCAGAGUUGCAGGUUUAGCCACUCAGUCUGAUAAAGAAUUUGGCAAGAGACUUGACAUAAUCCGGCAGAAGUUUAAGGAUGGAGAAAUCAAUUACAAGAGUAUUGAUGUGAGGACCAAAGAAACAUAUGAUUCCAUAAAGGAUAACUUAUUCCAAGCACAACAGAGUGAUGGAAAAUAUAACGAAGUAUCUGAGAACCUCAGAAAUAAGAUUGAAUUUUUAAAGAAAAAAGUUGUUAAUCAAGUGGAAAGGAUCAAAGCACUGCAAAGAAGCGUCAGGAACCAGGUUGUAGAAAUGAAGCGGCUUGAGGUGGAUAUUGAUAUCAAGCUUCGUUCCUGCCAGGGAUCUUGUGCAAAGUCUGUUGAAUACCAUGUAGACUAUGACAGCUAUGAUAACAUCCAAAAACAAUUAUUGCAAGCUGAAGGCACUGACCUUAGAAUUGAGACCAAUACAUUGAGAGUGCUGAAAAUGAGGCCAAUAAAAGACUCUCUUGUAGACCCACGUUACAAAACACAAGCUCAAAUAAAAGACCAAGAAGAUCAGUUCAAAAUAUUCACUGAUAUUGAUCAGUUCACAUUUAUAUUAGAAGGGAAACCUAAACAGGUAACAGGAGAAGAAUCGUCAUCUACCACCUACACUAGUGUCUCUGGCAAAGAGGUUUCUUUGCCAACUUCAAAACAAGUAAUUCAGGGAGGGGACAAAGGUACUAUUUCAGGGUCAGAAAGCACACAUGUUAUUUCAUGCACUAAAACCAUUACAAAGAAAACAAUACAGGGGCCUUCUGGACCAAGAGAAGAAAUAUUUGAAUCUUUCAGUGGUGGGCCAGAGUGUGAAAGUUUAUCAAAACGUAAAACUGAAGCUAAGGGAGAGGUCCUGCCUGAUGGCACUUACAAUGUUAAAAUUUCUGGAUCAGGAGGUGUCAGCAAGAUUCCAAGCUUGGAAGAAUUUAUUAGUUCAGCUGGAGCUAACACACAAACCCAUUACAGCAGUAGCAGUGGUGUAAGUGGCGGUUCAAUCACCAAAACAAGUAGUUCUAAAAUAGUUGAUGGUUUCUCUGAUCUGGGAGAUGAUGAGAUUGAUGAUUUCCAUACAUUCCAUGGUACUCCUAGCUUUACACCACUGAAAAGUCAAACCUCAUAUACCAAGACUGUAGUUUCCGGCAGUGAUGUUGGUGGCUCCCAGUGGGAUACAAAAUACAAGAGUAAACAAGUUUUUGAAGAUCAUGGGCCUCUCCAACAAGAUAUCAGUGGAGAAGACACACCUGAUUUACAGGCUCGCAGUGUGAGAAAACAAGUAAAGGUGGUUACCAGUUAUACUGGGACAGACUGUGAUGAUAUCCGCCAAAAACACAGUUCUGGUGCCAAAAGUGGCAUCUUCAAAAUCAGGCCAGAAGGAUCCAGUAAAGUACUUUCAGUGUAUUGUGACCAAGACACAGAGUUGGGAGGAUGGCUUUUGAUUCAGCAAAGAGAAGAUGGAUCCGUGAAUUUUAAUAGGACAUGGGAAGACUACAAGAAUGGAUUUGGCAGUGUGGAUGGAAAUGGAAAAGGAGACUUCUACAUAGGCAAUGAAUUCAUUCACUUACUGACUCAGAAGAACUCUGUUCUUCGAAUUGAACUAGAGGACUGGUCUGGGGAGACGGUGUACGCUGAAUAUAAUUUUCACCUGGGGUCUGAGUCUGAUGGUUAUGUUCUUAGAGUCUCUGAGUAUGGUGGCAGUGCAGGAGAUGCCCUCAUAGAAGGGUCCAAGGAUGAUGGGGAACACACCUCUCACAAUGGCAUGAAGUUUAGUACAUUUGAUAGGGACAGUGAUAAGUGGGAGGAGAAUUGUGCAGAAAUGUAUGGCGGGGGCUGGUGGCAUAACAACUGCCAAGCUGCAAACCUUAAUGGGAUUUAUUACUUUGGAGGACAUUAUGAUCCACGUAAUAAUGUUCCAUAUGAGAUAGAAAAUGGGGUUGUAUGGAUACCCUUUAAAACAGCAGAUUACUCCCUUAAAAUGGUCAGAAUGAAAAUUCGGCCAUCAGAAACCACUGAAUAAUAUUUUACUUUACAAUCCCACACUCCCCUCAAAAUAUUUUAUUAUGUGUUUAUGUUUUUUUAUUUCUGACUUAAUGUUUAAUAUUGACUGUACCAGAAAAGAAAAGUUAAAAAAACUUAUUUGAAUCUUA